AUGGGCUACACAAUGCCAAUUUUAAAAUGGAAACCGAGAUUCCGUUUUGAAGAAGAUCCGCCAGUAGUCCCAAUUUGGGUGUCUCUCUAUAACUUACCGGUUGAGUACAUGCAUCCGGAAGUCAUCUUCUCAAUGGCUACAGCUAUAGGGCAACCCUUAAAGGUUGACACACCCAUUUUGAACAUGACAAGACCGUCAGUGGCAAGAUUUUGUGUUGAAGUUGAUCUCCUGAAAGAAUUACCAAAAUCGUUGAAAAUUGGAAAAAGAGGCCGUAAGCACGAGCAAAUUUUCACUGACGAACAUGUCGCCUCAUACUGCCCAAAGAGCUGUAAACUUGGGCAGAAGGAGAGUGAUUGCCGAAUUGGAAAGCCAUUUCAGCAAAAUGUUGUUGCGGACAAAAAGUCAGAUCAAGUUGUGAAGAAGAAAGGUAUUAAAAUGCCUAAACAAAAAGUGACUUUGGGAUCAAAACAGCCCCAAGAGAAAACUGAUGUUGAAGUAGAGAUCAUACUCCAUCUCCACAAGGUGCAGUUGAGGAAGUGGGAAUUCAGAUUCAAAGUCCGACUGCGACCAAAGAUUGAAGUUCCACAAGUUGAGAUCUCUCCUACUGAAAAUCAAUUUUCUGUUCUUUCGGAUGUUGCUGAAUUGGAAAACAAAAAUGCUUCAGAUGAGGAGGAUGUUGAGAAUGUGUUUGUGGAGAAGUUGCAGCAUGAGAACAAUUCUAUUGUUGUUUCUGGAAAAAACGAAACCCUAGCCCUGGCAUUUGCACCCCAGCUUAACUCAGUGGUUGUAAUGCAUUCCGAUGACUACAAUAUUAGAACUCAAAGUCUGAUUGAUGGCAGCGAUGAUGAGUAUAUCCACAGUGAUGAGGAACGAUGGUCUGAAGGGGACAAAUUUGAUCUCGAAGGUCAGGAUACUAUGCAUGGGGGAGCUGUGGUUCCUAAGAAAAGAGGGCGCUAG